UAAACUGUGAAAACCUAACUUUAUUGUUCUUUUGGUUUUAUUUUUUAUUUGUUCAGGUCAUAUUAAAGGCUCAGCUAGCUUCAGCCCGUUACAAUUUAUGUCUUCAGUCAUUUUUAAUUCUUCAUUAAAUUUGCAUCAUUUGCAUUCUUCAAGUUUGGAUCGUCACAGACGAAUUGUUAGAAUGUCUGCUGUUGAAACCAAAAAUCCCAAUACAUUGUUCCAAUCAAUGACUAUAAAGCCUCCAUCUCAUCCUACCUAUGAUUUAAAGGGCGUCAUUAAGCUAGCUCUUGCUGAAGAUUCUGGGGAUAGAGGAGACGUGACUUGUACGGCAACCAUUCCUUUUGACAUGGAAGUGGAGGCCCAUUUUUUGGCAAAAGAGGAUGGUAUCAUAGCAGGAAUUGCUUUAGCAGAGAUAAUAUUUCAUGAGGUUGAUCCCUCUCUGCAGGUGGAAUGGUCUCGGCAGGACGGUGAUUAUGUUCAUAAAGGACUGCAAUUUGGAAAAGUCUCUGGACGAGCACACAAUAUUGUUGUAGCAGAAAGGGUGGCAUUGAAUUUUAUGCAGAGGAUGAGUGGAAUAGCAACACUAACUAAGGCAAUGGCAGAUGCUGCAAGCCCUGCAUUUAUUUUAGAGACUCGAAAAACAGCUCCAGUUCUACGUUUGAUUGAUAAGUGGGCGGUGCUAAUUGGUGGAGGUAGAAAUCAUAGAAUGGGUUUAUUCGAUAUGGUAAUGAUAAAAGAUAAUCAUAUAUCAAUAGCAGGGGGUAUCAUAAAUGCCAUUAAAUCUGUUGAUCAGUAUUUAGAGCAAAAGAACCUUCAAAUGGAGGUUGAGGUUGAGACCAGAACACUUGAGGAAGUAAAUGAGGUGUUACAGUAUACAUCACACACACAGACUUCCUUGACCCGGAUAAUGUUGGAUAAUAUGGUUAUACCACUGCCAAAUGGAGAUGUUGAUGUAUCUAUGCUUAAAAAUGCUGUGGAAUUGAUCAAUGGAAGAUUUGAGACUGAGGCAUCAGGCAAUGUUACUCUUGAAACAGUGAGCAAAAUUGGACAGACUGGUGUAACAUACAUUUCUAGUGGUGCACUGACACAUUCUGUAAAAGCUCUUGACAUCUCUCUCAAAAUCGAUACAGAGUUGGCGCUUGAAGUUGGAAGGCGCACAAAACGAGCAUAAUCAUAAUUUUCUUCUCAUUUUCUUUUGUUUAUGCAGUAAGUCAACACUGUUAAACUCUCAGCUAGGUCAGAAUAAGAAGAGAGAGAGCAGUCUUUUCCCCUCGUUGUGUUUUUUUAACCAAAAGCUUUGGUUUUUAGUGGUUUAAGGAAAUCAUUGUAAGAUGAUAUAAAAGACUGAAGAGAAUGGCAAGUUUCUUUCAUUCUGUUUGCAGCUGAUUUUCUUCACAUUACUGGUAUUGAUUCCGGAGUACUUGUGAAUACUGGAGUCAUCGGUCUAACAGUUGGCAUUAUAGUUAUAGCCGGAUGGCAAUGGGUAGCUA